UCAAUUUAGCAGACUCGAGGCCGGCGCUUUCCAACAUGUCUCUCUUUUCCAAAACUUGUAAUCUGGAAGUUGGAUCUUCGGGGCUGUGAACUUCUCUGUGUGUGGGGCGCCUGAAUGAGCCGGCGGGGAGUGACAUGCUCCUUGCCGUAGGAAGUUUCUGUAUUACGCAGUCUCUUGCCGCUGCGGAAGCUUGCAGCUCAUGCACCUCCCUCUUCCAUCUCCCGGGCUUGGUAGUAGUGCUGACUGAGUUAGUAGUCAGUGCUGAGCUGACACGACGGUGCUAAUUGCUCCAUGCUGUUCCAUUCGGUUUGCAUCUCUAUGCCCUACGGUGUUGUGUCGGGGAAGUCAGACGGCAUUGCUAUUUCAUCUUCCUUAAUGUAGUUUACCGGUCCUCCCUUCGCACACAUUUCUUCCCGGUAAAAAGGCCUGAGAUGUCUAGGAAUCUCUAGGUUCUGCACUCCAGGCAAUCUAUUGCAUCACAGCAGUAUUAUCAAGAGCAAGAUGAGAAGCUUGUGUUAAGAACCAUCAGAUGGUACACUACAGUACGCUAACUGAGCUUCAUACUGAGGUCCUCCCACAAAGUGGUACUUACGGUCUUCUGGGUAUGCUCUGUGUGUUGAGCAACCAUGGACCCAAAGGAGAAGUAUCAGCACUGCGCUCUGCGCACUCUGUCACUCUCUAUUGCUCUCUGCUUCACUGUGGGCAGCAGCACUGGAAGUUGCUGUUCAGGGUUCCAAGUGCUGCAGCAAUCUUAGCCCAGAUGCUUUUUAAACAGACAGAUUUGUGGAUGUCCCAGCAAGCCAAAAGUGGCAAAGAUGAGAUGACUACAAAUCUGGGCCUGACCACAACAAAGGCUCUGGCCAUCCUGAGAGACCAGCUAUCUACACUGCUAGAGGGACAUCAGAAGGAAAGGAAGAAGAUGGCUUCAUGGAAGGAGGAGUGGAAGACUAGUUUCCUAUACCAUGGUAACCGCUGCUCCUGUUUCCAUUGGCCUGGGGCAUCCUUGAUGCUGCUAACAGUGCUGCUAUUAUUAUGCUGUUAUGGGAGCCAGCCACAGGGAAGCGAAGGUUCUGAAAUUGUAAAUUCUGUAGUGCUCCUCCUCGUCCUGCUACUUGAUCUUUUCCUGAUUGGGCGACAAGAGAGACUGAAGCGCCGGGAAGUUGAGAGGAGGCUCCAGAACAUAAUCAACAAGAUCAAUGAUGCCUUGAAGGAUGGCAAAGAGCUGAACUGGGCAAACUCUAUGUACCCUGACCUUCACAUGCCUUUUGCCCCAUCCUGGUCUCUUCAUUGGGCCUACAGGGAUGGCCAUCUUGUCAACCUUCCAGUCAGUUUGUUAGUAGAGGGUGAUGUUGUUGCCCUGAGGCCAGGGCAGGAGUCCUUCACAUCUCUCAGAGGGAUUAAGGAUGAUGAGCACAUUGUUCUGGAGCCAGGUGAUCCAUUUCCCCCCUUUUCUCCUCCACCCUCACCAAGUGGGGAGGGGAAGAAGGGACCUCAGAAUCCUCAGCCUUUUCGACUCUUUCGUGUUACAAAGACUCCAGUGAUUGACAAUGUCAGGUUGUGUUUAGACAUGGCAUUGUCACAUCCCGUGACUGCUCUGGAUAAUGAGAGAUUCACAGUACAGUCGGUGAUGCUCAGGUUUGCUGUUCCUAUUGUGCUGAUUGGCUUUCUGAUCACCAAUGCCAUGCGCUGUGUUUUCAGUGCUCCUGGAGUAGUCACUUGGCAGUAUACACUUCUUCAGCUGCAGGUCAAUGGGGUCUUGCCCAUUCUCCCCCUGCUUUUUCCUGUCCUGUGGAUUCUUGCUACUGCCUUUGGUGAAGCCAGAGUCUUGGCCCAGAUGAGCAAGACUUCUCCUACUUCUCUGCUGGCUAAGUUCUCAGAGGACACACUCAGCAGCUACACAGAGAUGGUAUCUUCCCAGGAAAUGAUACGGUGUAUCUGGAGCCACUUUCUGCGCAUUCUGAAGGGCAGGUCUCCAACGCUCACCUUCACCUCUAGCUUGCUUCACAGUCUGGGAUCUGUCACAGUACUUUGCUGUGUGGAUAAGCAAGGGAUUCUGUCUUGGCCUAAUCCCAGCCCAGAGACAGUUUUGUUCUUCAGUGGCAAGGUGGAACCUCCUCAUAGCAGCCACGAAGACCUGACAGAUGAGCUCUCCACACGCUCCUUCUGCCACCCAGAAAUGGAGGAAGAGGUGUUUUCACCUGAGAAGAGUUUCAGCUCUUCUUAUGCUGUGUUCCAGCCCCAUGAAAGGGAUGCUCUUCUCUCGGGACCUUUGUCAGACAUGGUUCGCAUAACCAAUGAACAAGACAGAACUGAGUGGUCUACCAGCAACACCCCAAAAUCUUCUGACCCUCAUAUCCACAAGAAAACAACUGGCCGCAAGAAGCACCCUUCAGGAUCUAAUGUGAGCUUCAGCAAGAAUAUUGAGGGGGGAGAGGAGGAGCCAAUGCAGGUCGAAGGUGACAACGAGGGACUGGCGUGUGAGGCAGAGGACUUUGUGUGCGACUACCACCUGGAAAUGCUCAGCCUGUCUCAGAACCAGCAGAAUCCCUCCUGUAUCCAGUUCGAUGAUUCCAACUGGCAGAUGCACCUAACCUCUCUGAAGCCUCUUGGCUUGAAUGUACUGCUCAACCUGUGCAAUGCGAGCGUGACAGAGCGCCUGUGCCGCUUCUCGGACCACCUCUGCAACAUUGCCUUGCAGGAGACGCACAAUGCCGUGUUGCCUGUCCAUGUGCCAUGGGGGCUCUGUGAGCUUGCCAGGCUUAUAGGCUUUACACCUGGUGCCAAAGAGCUUUUCAAGCAGGAGAACUACUUGGCCCUUUACCGCCUGCCAUCAGAUGAGAUGGUGAAAGAGAUGCUAUUGGGAAAACUCUCAUUCAUCACCAAGAGGAGGCCGCCUUUGAGUCACAUGAUCAGCCUUUUUGUUAAAGACACCACUACCAGUACUGAGCAGAUGCUUUCCCAUGGGACAGCUGACAUCAUCCUUGAGGCGUGCACGGACUUCUGGGAUGGCUCCGAUAUCUAUCCGCUGUCUGGCUCUGACAGGAAGAAAGUUCUAGAUUUCUACCAGCGUGCCUGUCUCUCAGGUUAUUGCUCUGCCUUCUCCUACAAGCCCAUGCACUGUGCCUUGUCCUCCCAGCUCAAUGGCAAGUGCAUAGAACUGGUGCAGGUUCCUGGACAGAGUGCCAUCUUCACAUCUUGUGACCUCCCAGGGACCACGCCCAUCAAGCAGAGUAGCCGGAGGAACAGCUGGAGUUCUGAUGAAGGGAUCGGGGAAGUGAUGGAGAAGGAGGACUGUAUCCAGGCUCUGAGUGGCCAGAUCUUCAUGGGAAUGGUCUCAUCCCAGUAUCAGGCCCGAUCAGAUGUUGUUCGCCUUAUUGAGGGACUGGUCAAUGCCUGCAUUCGUUUUGUCUACUUCUCCCUGGAAGAUGAACUCAAAAGCAAGGUGUUUGCUGAGAAGAUGGGUCUUGAGACUGGCUGGAACUGCCACAUAUCCCUAACGCCCAAUGGAGACGUGCCGGGCUCUGAAAUCCCCCCCUCCAGCCCCAGUCAUGCAGGCUCCUUGCAUGAUGACCUGCAUCAGGUCUCACGAGAUGAUGUGGAGGGGCUUCUGCUGAUGGAGGAAGAAGGACACUCAGACCUUAUUAGCUUUCAGCCAACUGACAGUGACAUCCCCAGCUUCUUGGAGGAUUGCAAUAGGGCCAAACUUCCCCGAGGAAUUCACCAGGUGAGGCCCCACCUUCAGAAUAUUGACAACGUGCCUUUGCUCGUUCCUCUGUUUACAGAUUGCACCCCGGAAACCAUGUGUGAGAUGAUCAAGAUCAUGCAGGAAUAUGGGGAGGUGACCUGCUGCUUGGGCAGCUCUGCCAAUUUGCGCAAUAACUGCCUCUUCCUUCAGAGUGACAUCAGCAUAGCCCUGGACCCCCUCUAUCCCUCCCGCUGCUCCUGGGAGACGUUUGGUUACGCCACCAGCACUAACAUGACCCAUGUCUCUGAUGAGCUCACGCCUCUGCAACUGUCCGGCCAGCUGAACAGCUUGUCCUGCUCCUUGUCAAUUUAUCCAGAAGAAACCAUUGGGAUCGUCCGAUUCAUUGAGCAGGCCCGCCAUGCAACUUACGGCAUUCGCAAGUGCUUCCUCUUCCUGCUUCAGUGUCAGCUGGCUCUGGUCAUCAUUCAGUUCCUCUCUUGCCUGGUGCAGCUGCCCCCCAUCCUCAGUACCACGGAUAUCCUGUGGCUCUCGUGCUUCUGCUACCCACUGCUAAGCGUCUCCCUCCUGGGCAAGCCCCCUCAUAGUUCCGUCAUGUCUAUGGCAACUGGGAAAAACCUGACAUCCAUUCCUAAAAAGACUCAGCACUACUUCCUGUUCUGCUUCCUGCUGAAAUUCAGCCUCACCAUCUGCUCCUGCUUGGCUUGCUUUGGCUAUACGCUGCAAGACUACUGUGCAAACCUCAACUCAUCUGCCGUCAACGUCACAGGCUGCUCCUCCAUCAUGCUGCAAAGUGAUGCAGAAGGGGCCCCUAACUGGUUUGAAUCAUCUUCCAAUGUUCUUCUUCUGUCUCAGAAGUUCACAGCUGGAAUGGUUGUCUUGCAUACAGUGUUUAUAUCUGUCACCCAUGUCCAUCGCACUAAACCGCUGUGGAAGAAAAGUCCCUUCACUAACAUCUGGUGGACACUGACAGUGGUGGUUGUGUUGCUGGGCCAGGUUGUCCAGACCUCCCUGGACCUAAAGCUCUGGGUAAACCUGAAGUCUCAGGUGACCUACAAAAUGGACGACAUUCCCAUGGCCUCCUGGCUGCUGGGUUUGCUUUCCCUCAUUCUUGUUGUGAUCAUCAAUGAGACGGUCAAACUCCAUGAAAUCAGGGUUCGAGUGCGUUACCAGAAGAGGCAGAAGCUGCAGUUUGAAACCAAGCUGGGCAUGAAUUCCCCAUUUUAAUUCUCCCCUGGGGGGACCUGGUGGCUGCAUUUUCCUUUCCCACACAGCCUUGACAUUUUGCUGGUAGAGCAAAACGUGACUCCAUCUGGCAGGGGCAGCUCAAUAGCAGUCAGCCCUUAGCAGGUGUCCUGGCAAAGUUUCAAUGUCUGGGUGAUGAUGGCGCUGGAGGCACACAGACUGCUGCUAUGCCUUUUAUUUAUUUUAGUACCAAUUCCCUUGAAGUUCCUUGGAAUCCAGCAGACUGAUGUAAAUCCAAGACCACUGUAUGUGAGGAGUUCUCAUCUGACAUGGUGUUUCAGCCUCAUUAUUCUGUUUCUUGCCUUUCUGGCCUUCCGGUCGGACACCUCUGCUGUUCACGUGUGGUGACUUGCCUGGUCUCUGGCAAUGCGGAGGAGUGCUGCAGGUUUCCUCAAGGAGGGAAUCGAAGCUGCCUUGCCUGCUAGCUGGCCCUGCAGAGGCCCCUAGGCACAGUCCCUCUCACAAAGGCUUCCUCUUAUUCCAUGGUGAGGUUGCCCUCUUGUGGGAGAUGAACCCGGUUGCAACUUGCUUCGAGGUUUGUGCACAAGCGUGUGAUUCUGACUAUGGAGGUAGGCUCGGGGAAGUAAAGUGUGUAAUAGAGGGUGAAUAGGCCAGGCUCGUCACUCCUGUAGUGAGGGCAUGGUUUUGGGGUAGGAUAGUGGUGUUUCUGUGGUUAUCUCAGCCUGAGAAUAUUCCAUAUGGCGACUCUACUGCUUCACUCUUAACAUGCAUUGAUCCCCCCCCCACCUCACGAGUGAAAGAUUUGAGGAUUUGUGUGCUCCUGUGCAGACCAUCUGCCCUGUAAGAAACCUGGAUCAGAUUGUUUCCACUCCUUUUCUCCCUUUAAUAGGAGGAGGAAUUUGUUUAUAAGCACCCCUCUUCUUGGCUGCUUUGAGUAGGAAAUGGCAGAUGGGGCUGUACAUGUGCCUUCCUGUCCCAGGUUGUGCGCAGUUGCUUCUUGGACCUGUCCAGCCAAUGCUUCUCUUGCAGGAAGUGGGGUCUCUCUCCCCCCCCGCCCACUAAGGAAGUGAGCUGUGCCAUUCUUGUGUAUGUCCUUCCACUUGACUUAACCAGCAUCAUGCCCUUCUCCCCUCGGCUUUUAAGGAAGCUGCAUCUUUGAAAAGUGUCGAUGCUGUACCCUCCUUAGUGACAGCCUAGCAAGCUUCUUCGCUUGACUCAUCACCCCACAUCCGAAGUGUCCAAAAUGCAUUUCAGUUGAGCCCAGCAAGGGGCCCCCUUAAAAGCUUGGCACUGGAGCAGUAGUAAUGUUUAAGGCCAGCUGCUGGCGAAACCCUGGUUUCCUGCAGUGGCUGGAAUGGCUGCCACUCUUUGAAAGGGUCACAGCAGCAGUGGACUUCUCAACCCCAAAGCACAAACCAAGUCUGGCCAAUUCUAAUUCUGCUGUUCUUGUUUCCAGAAUUAGUACCAUGAAACCCAGUGGCUACCUUGUUCCCCUUGCUUCAAAGUGGAGACUAAUUCAUGAGCACCUCCACUGCUUAUGCAAAUAUGUCCGCUUGUGUUUUUUGAAACUCUUAUGUGUUCCCUAAAUUCUGCAGGGUGAGAAUCCCUUGCCACACAGUGCAGAUCUGGAAGCUGGCCUUGUUCCCAGGAUCCCCUCUCUAAUGUUCCAGAGUUGCUGCUAAUAAUCCAACAUGUGGACUGGACCGGGUACCUUGAAGGCUUGGCAGAUAGGAGUCCCUCAGUUGUAUCUUAUACUUACCUGCUGAAGCCUGGCUGGUCCAGCUAGGGAUGCAGAAAUCGCCAUCCUAAAGUUGGCUCCCUAAAUACAAGGAGCUAGUCUGGUAGUGUCCAUCCAGUACUGGUGGCAAUCCAUGUCCUUCUCACUUUAUCCUGACCUGCCAUUUCCACCAUAGAGAGAACAUUCAGGAUGUUCCUUUUGGUGGGAAGGAAAAGGACCUACCUCUGUUGGCCAUCCUUCCUUCUCCACAUUGCUAUGUCUAGGGGCGGUAUGUGGAAUGUACUUUUUCUCAAGAGAAACUCAGUUCCACUUAGACAACAGGGAAUGUGUAGGUCAGGCAAAAUAGAUGUCUUGGGGUACAUAUUUUGGGAUACUAUAUACUGACUGAAUAUUCAGGGCUUCUGAGAUUAUCUGCUCUACUGGCUGGGUUUUUGUUCAAGAUAAUCCAGUUUUACCUCCUACUAUAUAUGUUUUCUGUCCCACCAUAGCAUGACAGUUACAUGCUACAUUCCCUUUAUUUAAGGAACUAGACACAGAUUAAAUAUCCAUGUGUCUCUGAGUAAACCUGAGGUAUCCCCCAUUUUGGUGUAGUUCAUCCUUCCACAGUGGGUAAAAUGGAGUAUUUUUACAUUGCCACAUAAAAUCACAGGUGAGGCCUAAAGCGUAGAGUUGUUGGGGUUCUUUAAUGGUGGGGAGAAGAUCUCUGAUGGAGGGUUUUAAGACGAAUGUCACAUGUUGUUAAGGCAAGAGUAUAUCUUUGAAGUCUUCUACACAUGGCAAAGUUCUCAAAAGUUUUUUGUGUUGUGUACAUUUGGCUCCAGUAGCUUUUUGACUAGAAAUCUGGUCUUUCUAUUUUUGAAUAGGUUAUUGUCUAGGCAUUAAAUCUGGCAAAAUCACUCCUUUCUCCCCUCUUCAACAUUGCUGUUUCCUAACAUAUAACUAAAGGCCUUUCACCAUCUCACUUUGUGAUAUACACUGCAUGGGCCUCUAGGGACAAUGAACAUUGGGGAAAUGUGCUCUCGUUCACUUGUUUACAAACAUGCUUCAAGUUCUCACCCAGUCUCAGCAUUGCUGUUAGCUUUAGUUGGAUUUACAUCCUUGGCUUUGUGGCAGGGAUGCCUGACCUGCACCCAACUUGGGUUGCAGAUCCCGGACUAAAUCUGAGGAACAGGGGUGUGGCAGGGAAACACUGUUUGGAAGCUGAACUGAUUUAAUUUGGGAGACUUGAUGUUUAUCUUAAUGUUUGCAUUGCAAGCAUAUUUAAGCAAUCCACAUGGUCUACCUUCUUUCUGAACUUAUUGGGAAUUCAAACUGCUCAACACCGGGAUUUUCUUGGGUGAUCUUAAAAAUGCAUUGACUGACAAAAACUGAAUCAGGCAGUUGCCCUGCUAGCAAAUGCACUUUUUGUGGAUAUUUCCCUGUGAUUGUUGAUCACUCUAAAAUGAUUCCCCUCCCUGCCUUUUGUACGCACUUCUCCUUCCUCCGUUAUACUCGAUUGGAGUUACAACAUGAGUCAGAUAAUUGAGCCUUUCUGAGUGUGUCUCUUGACGGGGCCGUGUUGCCUCACUUCCUGUUCCCUUCCUCCUUGGCCAGCCAGGGCUUAAGAAAAAGCAUGGGCAUGGCUUUGGGAAUGAAUUUCCUCCCAUCAAACUGUUUUUAAAUGGUGUAUAUUUUAUAUUUUCAAACAAGAAUUUUGGAUGUAUGUAAAGAAAAAGAUUUGUAUUAAAACUUGUACAUUGUAUAAAAUGGAACAAAGAGCACCUGAUAUAAACGGCAAUAAAUGAUUGUCUUUGCUACUGUA